GACGCGACCCGCAAGGGGGUGCUGCAAAUCGUCCGGAAGGGGAUGUCUGCGAUCCUCGGCCAGUCUGCGGGCGGGAUGGAGAUUCGCUCGCCCGCGGGCCAGAUCCUGCACCUGUCCGACGUCGUCCUGCAGCGGAUCGACAUGUCGGCGCUCAAGUACGGGCUGUGCUGGGAGAGCCGCUUCGCCCCGCCGCAGAGCCUGAUGGCGGUGCCUUCGGACGUGGAGGCGAGCGUCACCUUCAGCUACACACUCGGCCAGAACGCGCUGAUCGGCGAGCUGCCGCUCGGCUCGGGCUCCGGCUCGCUGAUCGUCAAGGGCUUUCUCGGCCUCAACAUCGACCUCGCCGCGACGCGCCUCACGACCUGCGAAGGCCACUUUGGCUUCGUCUCGUACGAGGCGGGGCUCGAGGCCGUGCUCGGCGUCGGCGCCGGCGGCGCGUCCGCUGACGUGUCGAAGAUCCUCGACGUGCUGAUGCCGACAAUCUCCAAGUCGGUCCCCUCCAUCAUCUGCACCGGGCAGGGCACCGGCGUGAUGGCCAGCACGUCCGUCGCCCUCGACCGGAUCGGCGAGGCGGAGGCGGGACACAAGGGGUUCCGCGGCCUCGUCGCCGAGGUGAACGCGCUGCUGCACGAGGAGGAGCAGCACAACUUCCUGGAGGGUUUUCGCGUAUCGGCGUCGGGGAGGUGAGAGUACAGAGUAGCGCCCCACAGCGUUCCAAUCUGGCAUGAGCCAUGCACUGCAUGCACGUGUACGUGUAGUGUACGACAUGGUAUGACAACGCGUAGAUGAUUGUAACCAUGGUGCAAGAGGAUCGUCGGCUCUCGGGGGAGGCUCCGCAAGAGCCAGAUAGAUGAUAGAGAGAGCGCGAAGCGUACGAUAUUUACGCGUACAGUCAGUACGU